AUGCCCUGUGAAAGGUUAUUGUUAACUGAAGAUGGACAAUUUCGUGAUAAUAACGGUAAUAUAGUCAUUCUAAGAGGCAUCAAUUUUGAUUCUUCUAUUAAAAACCCAACUUAUCCCAAAAAUACAAACUCUCAUUCCCUUAUAGGUGACGAGAAUACAUUUUUCUCAAAUGCCUUUGAUAAUAUCUCCUUUGUAAACCAUCCUUUUCCCCUUCAUGAAACUUCUUCCCAUAUAAAUAGAUUGAAAUCAUUAGGUUAUAACGUGAUAAGAUAUCCUUUCACUUGGGAAGCUUUGGAACAUGAAGGUCCAGGUGUUUAUGAUUACAAAUAUAUGGAUUAUGCCAUCAGUUUGAUGAAGAAAAUAAAUAAGAUCGGUGGUAUCUACAUAUUCUUAGACCCACACCAAGACGUUUGGUCUAGAUUCACAGGUGGGUCGGGAGCUCCUCUUUGGACGUUAUAUGCUGCAGGGUUUCAACCUACAAGGUUCCAAGAAACUGAAGCUGCUAUUUUACAUAAUCAUUAUAUUGAUCCAAAGACUAAAAAAGAAUUCUCGAAUAAGAGAUUCCCCAAGAUGUUAUGGCCAACAAACUAUACAAGAUUGGCCUGUCAAACAAUGUUCACAUUGUUUUUCGCAGGGAAACAAUUUGCCCCUAAAUGUAUUAUUAAUGAUAUGAAUAUCCAAGACUAUUUGCAACAAACCUUCUUAAAUGCUAUCUUAACUUUUUAUUUAAGAAUUAAAGAGCAGGCACCUGAGCUGUUCACUGAUAAUUGCUUAAUUGGACUGGAAACGAUGAAUGAACCAAGUAAAGGAUAUUUGGGUGAAAAAUAUUUGAAUAUAGUUCCAAAGGAUAGAGAUUUGAAAUUGGAUUCCACCCCAAGUGCUCUUCAAAGCUUCCUUCUGGGUGAAGGAAAUUCAUGUACAGUGGAUAAAUAUGAAAUAUCUGUCUUUGGUCCUGCAAAGAAUAAAACAAAAAUAGUAGACCCGAAGGGUUCCAAAGCUUGGCUAUCAGAAGAUGAACGAUUCGAAAUAGAUAAAGCAAUGGGCUGGCAAAGAGGUCCAGGUUGGGAGCCAGAUAUGUGUAUUUGGAGAAUGCAUGAUGUUUGGAAGUUAAAUGAUGAUGGCUCUGGGACUAUUUUGCUUCCUGAUUAUUUUGUUAAGGAUCCAAAAGAUUCCUCUAUCAUCAUUGAUGAAAAAUAUUUUAUUAACCACCACUUCAUAGAUUACUAUCAGCGUAUACAUGAACAAUUCAGAGCUAUAGAUGAAUGGAGCUUUAUUAUCUUGCAACCACCAGUAAUGAAGGAACCACCAAAAUUGAAAGAUAAUACAAAAUUAAUGGAUGGUAAAAUCAUUUUAGCUUGCCAUUUUUAUGAUGGUAUGUCUUUAAUGUUCAAAACUUGGAAUACACGUUAUAACGUAGACACUUUUGGUAUUGUACGUGGGAAAUACUCAAAUCCUGCAUUUAGUUUAGUAUUAGGUGAAGCAAACAUUAGAAAAUCGAUUAGAAAACAAUUAAGAGAAAUGUUCCUGGAGGCAAAAGAGCAUUUAGGACCAGGCGUUCCUGUAAUUUUCACUGAAACAGGUAUGCCAAUGGAUAUGGAUAAUAAACAAGCUUAUGAAGAUGGUAAGUAUGCUUCUCAAACGGCAGCAUUAGAUGCAAUUCAUUAUGCUUUAGAAGGUAGCAACCUAUCUUAUUGUUUAUGGUGCUAUUGCGCAGAAAAUUCCCACGAAUGGGGUGAUAAUUGGAAUAAUGAAGAUUUCUCAAUUUGGUCAAAUGAUGAUGUUAAGAAUAAAUCAAAAUAUGAAAAAAUUUUAAAAACUGUACCAAAAACAAAACAGGAAUUGAAAAAUGAAAAGAAAAGACAACAGAAAUUAAUCGCUUAUCAGAAAGCUGAGCAAAAGGCAAGGUUAAAAAGAGAAGAAAAUGCCCCGCUUCCUAAUAAACGCCCAUCUGCUGUCACAUCAACUCCUACAACUGGUACAACAACAGCUAGCAAUACUGAUGUUCAGAGUGUACCUACUCCUUUAAGUACCACAACUAAUGUUUCAGAAGAAACAAAAAACAUAAAACCAUCCAAAUUAAAUAAUCCCAACUCUUUUCUAGAUAAUAAAGAAGCAGCCAAAGAAGUCGAAUCACGCACGUUAAUUAACGAAGGUAAAGAAGAGCUUAAAAGAGAGUCAACUUUGAAAGAAUCUAUUGAGGCGUUUGAUAGGAUAAAUAGUAAGCAUAUUUCUAGCAUCCAAAGUGAAGAACCAUCUUUAUUACAAGUAAGGCCUUAUAAAACUCGCUCACAUUCUGCUACCAUAUUGAAAACAGGCUCAACACCUAUUCCACCAGGUAUGCCCAAAAGACCGGUAACCCGUAUUCGUUCUAAAUCUCAUCCCACAUCUAAGGGUAUUAUCCAUCACAGAGAUACAGUACCUCAAAAGGUUUCAGAAUUUCCAAAAUAUGCUACUAAGCGAGAUACAAGAGAAAUUGUAGCUCAUUAUUCAGAAAAAUCUCCAGUAUUAAAUUUAUUUCCUGAUAAUCAAAAGAAAAAAACGAAUCCUGCAAAUAUACCUAAUGAAAUUCAAAAAGCCAUUGAGAAGGCUAAAGCUAAUCAAGAAAGAAAAUCACAUAUUAAGGCAGCUACUAAACCCACAAAAAAUAAAUCACUAGAAAGCCCUGAAAAUCAUAAACAAACAAAAGAAAGUAAAGGCCCAAUGAAUGAUAAAAAAUCAAAGAAUGACAAAUUUUUGAAAAAUGAUAAACAAUUAAUAAAAGAUAAAGAGUUAAACCUACAGGGAGAUGCUCAAAAGAAAGAUACGGGUAUGGUAUUGGAUGCCAAUAAUCUAGCUAAAGAAGCUAAUACAUCAGCUACAACCUCUAAGAAACCAGAUGGUGUAAAUAUUUGGACAGCUGUAGCCGCCGCUGAUGAAAAAAAGGAGCAAUUAGAAGGGAAAGUACAAAAUCAGGAAACCACUGAAUUAAGUCAUACAACUCAUGACGAAAGUACAGUUUCCUUAUCAGCUAAUUCCGUAGCAUCUAUUAUGGAUAAGCCUAAUAUUUCAACAAUAAAAUCCAACAGUAUUCCUGUAGAUCAUAGAUUGGGGCUAAAAUAUCCUCCAUGCAAUAAAGUGAAAGAUGUGGACUUGGUAGGGUUUCGCGCCUUGGAUGCUAUCUUAAGGCCUUUUGUUAUAAAGAUUCAUGGGUCCUUCAAGUAUGCAGAGUUUGAUUUAUUAACUAAAACUUAUGUUUUGGAAAUAUGUGGGUCAGAGGAUAUAAAAGCAAAUCCACUACCUUUCUCCAGAUCUCCUACUCCGCUCUCACGAACACCUUCUAGGAGUCAGUCUAAGGGAUCACUAAUGUCUGGUGUAAGCACUCCAAGUAUAUCCAUUCUUCAUGCUCCUGCGCCAUCCAAAGAACUUGUUUCUAGACAAUCACCAACCUAUAUAUACUUGCCAAAAUAUCAUUUUCCGUAUGAAGAUAUGAUGAUUCAAGCCCCAGGAUAUUUCAGUUACGAUCCCACUUACCAGAUUUUAAAAUGGUAUCAUUACAAAGGUUUACAAACCAUCAGGGUUAGCGUACUUUUUAAGGAUCUUCCAAGUUCCAGUAACACUAACUGUACUGUGAUGUGA